GACAUCCGAGCUGUCAUCUCGACGAGGGAAGUAGUGUGUGUAUUGUGUUGCACACCGUACACACUACACAACUCAAUUUUACUCAAUCGUAAGCGCGCGCGCGGCUGAAACGCACGUCUUUUAUGCGUUUCUCUGUUCCGUAAUAACGAGGCAAAAUUCAAAACAAAACUAGUGUAUACUGUAAACAAAACUUGUUGAAUACUUUUGUAUCGUGAUGGUUAUUUUAUUACAUUGAUACAGUGAUGACUUAGUGUGUUUUAUAAGAACUUGUUAAUACAAAAAAUAACUUUCCAAUGAACACAACAAGCCAUGUGACCACAGAGAGAGCGGACCAGUAAAAGUGAUGUGGGCUGUUGCCACGUUGCUCGCGGUCUACACGCUGCGGGCUACGGCCAUCUCUUGUACGGAGGCGCGCACCCGCUGCGCUUACCGCACCGGCUGUGGCUUCGCUCUCAACAACUACAUGUAUCUAUGUGGUGAUGUACUCUCGGAGCCGACCAGCGUCUGCCCCAAGCCCUGCGAACACGCGCUCAUUGCUCUAACAACAGCUGAAGAGGGCAAGGAGCUUAUGAACUGUCAAUGUGAGGAUGAAUAUUGUGAAGAAGCCAAGCAGAGGAUUGAAGUGUGCCGGUCUCAGGUGGUGAAGGGCGCGGCAAACGCGACAUCCUCCUGCCGACUCUCGCAGAUGAUCUGCCUCGCCGACGCACAAUGCUCCACUGCGCUUAGCUACUACCGACAACUCUGCCGCUCCAUGUACCGCGGCAGGAAAUGCUCCAACCGAUGCCUCAAUUCAAUCAAAAUACUAAAAAAGCAAGAGAAAGCGGCAGCACUAACCGAAUGCAGAUGCGACGGCGAUGAGGACUUUGAUUGUCCGAGAAUGCAGAGUAAUCUCGCCAGAUUAUGCUUUCACAAACAUCAAAAGAACCACACCAGUACACAUAAGAAAGCAUCUCACGAAAUGUAUCCAUCAAUAGCUACUUCUAUACAAUUCUCGACCUUCUUAGUGCUCAUUUGUUUGUUCUAUUGUUUUAGCAACGCGUGAUCGAUUCUAACAAGGUCUACCUCAUUCUAGUUUAUAAAGACAAUCCAUCAAAGUACAACGUAUUUUGUAAAAAUGUACAGAUCAGUAUUGUAAGUUAAAUUAUGCGUAGUUAUAUUUAAGCGAGGAACAACAAGGGCGUGUAAAUGGAUUGAGUGUGCGAGUUGUUUGUUUUGAGUGGCAAAGUUUUUUCCAAUACGAGAAUAUUCUGUUUGUUUAUGAAGUUUUACGAGGUAGUCAAUCAAAAGUUUGUCAACGGCAGAAUUUACAUUUAUACUAUCACAUAAACUGUGUGAAAUAAAAAA